UCGUGUCGCGAUGUAAUUUUAGGCUUGGAUAAAACACAAAUAUUUUCAAAGUUUAACAGAUAAUAAUCAUCAUUAUAAUUUUUGAAAAUACACAUUUAUCGUAUGUGAUUGUUUACACAUUUUAAAAAAAGUUUGGCAUUAAUGUUGUAUUCGUAAUCACCAUUUUAAAAAGUUUUAGGUAAUCACCGGUCACGAAAUGAGCCACGUUGCAACUGUCACUGUGGGUAACGGCUAAGCCGCCGAACGUUUGUGAAAUUAACACCAAUGGGAUCACUCCGCAAAACUUGUAUAUUAAGAUUGAAAAGGCAAGAAAAGAAUGUUACCCAAAAAGUUUUAUUCAUCAGUUCGGAAAAAGUAACGAGCAUAGAUGGUUUUAAAUAACACUAAGAAAAAUCACCGAGUGUUCUCUUCUGAAUCUAUGAUGAUAGAAGAAAGGACAGAGACGGGUGACCUGCAUGCCCAGUUAUUAGAAAGUGGUAACAAAAUGAAAAAAAAGCAUGGAGUUAUCUCUCGGACCCGUUCAAUCAGCCACAGUGAGGACCCGGAAAAGCUCGGACUUCUUAAUGUGCGGGCGUUCGUCUUUCUAUUGCUUUGGUACUUCUUCAGCUUUUGUACGCUCUUUCUGAACAAGUACAUCCUGUCAACACUCAAAGGUGAUCCCACUCUACUGGGUGCGAUGCAAAUGGUGAUGACCACAAUCUUUGGUUUCAUACAGAUGUAUCUCCCACUGGGAAUGUACACGCCCAUCGACAGAGAGGGGAAACCCCCCAACUUCUGGAGAAACAUGAUCCUAGUAGGAACAAUGAGAUUCUCCACUGUUAUUCUGGGACUGGUUGCCUUGAAGUUUGUAGCAGUGUCUUUUACGGAGACCGUGAAAAGUUCGGCUCCGCUCUUCACCGUGUUCAUAUCUCGAAUGUUGAUAGGCGAACUGACUGGCGUUUACACGUUCUUGUCACUUAUUCCAAUCAUGAUGGGACUCGCACUGUGUUCAGCCUACGAGCUCAGUUUUAAUUUACAGGGAUUCAUAGCAGCUUUAGCUACCAAUUUAACAGAGUGUUUACAAAAUGUUUAUUCCAAACUGCUAAUAAGUGGAGAAAAGUAUAGAUAUACACCUGCAGAGCUGCAGUUCUACACAAGUAUAGCAUCGGUAGUUGUACAGAUUCCUGCGUGUUUUAUAAUGAUGGAUUUUCCAGCAAUACGCAAGUCUAUAGACUACACGUUGAUGUCAGCUCUCAUUCUCAACGGCAUCUUCUUUCAUUUCCAAAGUAUCACUGCCUACGUCCUGAUGGGCUAUAUAUCUCCAGUCACGCACAGUGUGGCUAACACUGUAAAACGAGCCUUUUUGAUAUGGUUGUCUGUGAUUGUGUUCGGAAACCCAGUGACGCUUCUCAGUGGCUUAGGAACCGUGACUGUUACCAUUGGUGUUCUUCUGUACACGAAGGCCAAGGAAUAUGACGCCAUUCGGAGAGAAUUGAUCUCUCAUUAUUCCAGAUCUAUUAACGUUCCGCUGGAGAUGGACAAAAUCGUAUAAUGAUUGGCUUUGUUUCGAUGUUUAUAUUUGUAUGUUUGUUCAGCGUAGUAUAUAAUUAUUUUUAUUUAUGAAGGAAAAUAAUUGUGCACAGUUAGUACAAGUGUGUACUUCAGGGAAAAAACCGAAAUAGAUAUCAAGUGACCGCAACAGGAUGUCCAUGACAACGGAUGAUAUUGACCGUUUCAUUGCAGAGCACAAUUGUUCACGUGAACUUGUGUUUUGUUAUGUAUCGGUUACGCCUAUUUAUAUUUUAUAUGAACCGCCAGUAGGUUACGUGGAGAACCACUACGUUUUAAAAGUUGUAGGUAGUACUAAACCAAAUAACUUCCAAAUAAAUUACAGUGAAACACUUCAAAUCCGGAUCUUUUGCAGGGGAAAAUAUUUCGAAAUCUGAGGGAACCGGAAGUUGGUUCACAUGGUUUUUACCUAGGUAACCAAUUGUUCGGUUACGUGAAUUAUAGUUGCGUAACCCGUGGGUUACCUGAUCGGUUACCUCAA